CCAACAAGUUGCAGCAAACAUCACCCUCGCUCACCACAUCAUACCUACAACACCCUGCGCGAGACAUUGCGAUCAAAUACAGACAAGCAGAGACACACACAAUCAUGGCGGACCGCUUCCCUUCGCUGGAGGAAUUUGACGAGGGCAAGACAGAAGCCACCGGCGCAUCCGCCCUCGACGACGUUGACGAGCCCUCCGAUUUUCUUGCCCGCGAACGCGCAGCCCUCGGCGAAGAUGCCGAGCAGUUCACAUCCUCCGCAGACAACACCGCGACCGUCGCCGAUGCAGACGACGAUGAUGACGAUUUGCUAGGCGGAGGUGGACCUGCUCCCUCGAACGGAUUUCCCGCCGGCAAUGAUGACAUGAUGGGUGAUUUUGAGAGCUCAUUCCCCUCCGUCAACACACAAAACGAGCAAGUCGCGCCCGGAGGCACCAUCACAGGCUCAGCCGCCCCUUUCCAAGCACCACGACCGGAAGAGUACGAGGCUGAGCCGGAUGUUGUCCGCGAAUGGCGUGAGCGACGCGACUUGCAGAUUCAGCAUCGCGAUGAAGUCAGCGCAUCGAAGAAGGCGGAGACUGUCAAGGCUGCCCAAGAAGCCAUUGAUGACUUCUACGAGCAAUAUAACAACAGGAAAGAUAAGCAAAUCGCGCAGACAAGGAAAGAAGCGGAAGAGUUCCUGAAGUCGAGGGAAGAUACUACUGCAGGUGGCACCAGCUGGGAGCGAAUCGCAAAAUUGGUAGACCUGAGCGGGAAGGGUUCAUCAGGAGGUGCUGCUGGUAGCCAAAAGGCGAAGAUGAGGGAGUUGUUGAUCAGUUUGCGAAAGGACGAGAAGGCUCCUGGGGCGACCGGAGUCUAGAGGACAUCGAACGCAACAACGAACACUUUCGCUCUAUGAGGCUGCGAACUACACGCAGCCGAUGCCCUCAGCCAGACGCUGAGAUCGCAUCACUUGAUGAGUUGCGUUGUUGGAUGCAUGUCCUGGAAUACAUGCUAGCUGCACGAAUAGACGUCUGUAACAUAUGCUCACCUGUGUUCCCAGAUCGCAAAAUGAAUCGCAUGUACAAGUGGUUGCAACUUGAUCGACCGUUUGACCAGACAGCACAGCUUCUCAAGCUAGGUCAGAACUACAGAAAAAACGCAAUAUCACUG